AUGCGGCUUUCUACCAUUAUCGCUGGCACGCUCGGGGCCAUGCUCGCUGUGGCCCAGUCGUACGACUUUGGGUUUGAUAUUCAAGCUCUCAUGGCAAACGGGACGCUCGCCAAACGCCAAGGUGGAGGAAUCAUCCCGGUUGGCCAGCUUCCUCGUCGUGGAGAUGGCUCCUUGCCCACGAGACAGGAGCUCCGGCAGCUGCAGAGCAACGGAUACAUGUGGGACUUGUUCAUCCUGGCCCUCAGUGCCAUGCAGGCAGUCGACCAGAACGACCCUCUUUCGUGGUACCAAGUUGCCGGCAUUCACGGCCUUCCGUUUGUGCCGUGGAACGGGGUCCAGCCAGUCAGAGGAGCAGAGCAGUCGGGCUACUGCACUCACACCUCGAUCCUCUUCCUGAUGUGGCACCGUCCAUACCUGGCUCUGUGGGAACAAGCCUUGUACAACCUGGCCAAUGUCAUCGCCGGCACCUUUUCAGACCCCGGCUACCGACAGGCAGCGGCAGAGUUCCGGAUCCCAUACUGGGACUGGAGUGUGACUCCUACCGGACAGGACUUUCUCCCAAGCGUCCUGUGGAGCCCGACCAUCCGACAGAGAGGACCGAAUGGCGUCCAGGUCAUCGCCAACCCGUUGUACUCGUACCGGUUCCAUCCGGUCGGGGGCGAUGCCAUGGUUUGGCCUCCGUUCACAUUCUGGCCAGAGACCAAAAGAGGGCCCAACAACGCCGCGAACCCGGCCAACCCGCCCUCGGACAAUGCCAGAGUCAACGCCGCGCUCUUCGCCCAGCUGGGCUCCCUCCAGCAGCGCCUGUACAUCCUCUUCUCGAGGUACACCGACUACAACCAGUUCGCGACCAGGGCCUGGGCGGCCUCGCAGCCCUCCCCGGGCUGGGACUCGCUCGAGUCGGUCCACGACGCCAUCCACCUCUUCGGCGGGCUCAACGGCAACAUGCAGUUCGUGCCCGCGUCGGCCUUUGAUCCGCUCUUCCUCCUCCACCACGUCAACGUCGACCGGCUCACGGCCAUGUGGCAGAUCCUCAACGGCAACGCGUGGAUGCAGCCCAUGGUCGCCGGCGAGACCAGCUACACCUACACCGUCGGGACGUGGCAGUACGCCAACAGCCCCCUGACGCCCUUCUACCAGGCCGACGGGACCUUUUGGACAUCAGACGCCGCCCGGAACUGGGAGCUCUUCGGCUACACCUACCAGGACGCGGACCCUUCCCAGAUCGGGCUCCCCCAGCUCCAGAGCAACCUGAUGAGGAACAUCAACCAGUGGUGGGGAGGCGGCCGGCCGAGUGGCCUCGCCGCCAGGGGGGACGACGACAAGACCGCGGCCGUCGUCAGGGACGCCCACUACACCGAGUGGAUCGUCGACAUCCGCGUCGACACUCGCACCGCCGUCAACGGCUCCUUCGCCAUUCCCUUCUUCAUCGGCCACGUCCCCGCCGACUCGCACGAGUGGGAGUCGGCACCCAGCCACGUGGGCAGCGUCGCCGUCACGGCCAUGCACCGCGGAGCCGCGACCAGUCCGUCGGCACAGUCGUCGAGCAGCCUGCCGCUCACCCUGGCCCUGCUCCGUAUGGUCCGAGCCGGCCACAUCGGGAGCCUGGAUCCCGAGGACGUGGAGCCCCUGCUGCGGGAGAAGCUGCAGUUCCGGGUCGUCGACGGGGACAAGAACGGCCUGGACCCCCAGCUUGUCGACGGCCUGUAUAUCCGGGUUACUAGUUCUACCGUCAGGGCGGCCCGGAGUGACGCCGAGCUCCCUGUCUGGGGCUCUACAGUAGAGAGGUUUGACUUGUAUGCCUGA